CCUUAGCCUAUAUUACUUUAAUUGGGGUUUGUUUGUUGACGGGAGACCUGAAAAUUAUGAUUCAGUUCAUUUAGAAAGUUGAAAUAUUUAAGUUUCCACGUAUAUAAUACAAGACAGUGUGCUAAAAUAUUAUUUAAUCGAUUUAAAUGACAAAUUAUCAGGAAAUAGUUAACUUGAACGUCGGCGGAACUAAAUUUGCUACGUCCUGGCACACUCUGACAUGGGUGCCGGACACGUUUUUCACAGCCCUACUCAGUGGGCGCAUACCUACAGUCAGAGAUGAAACUGGUGCUAUAUUCAUAGACCGAGAUCCAAACUUGUUUGGGCUCAUCUUAAAUUUCCUCCGAACCAGAGACAUAGAUCUGAAUAAUGUCAACAUUAGAGCACUCAGACAUGAAUGUGACUACUUUGGCAUCACUCCACUUAGCAGGAGACUGGCUCUUUGUGAUGAGAUGAAUCAUUCUUCGUGUGGAGAUGUGCUCUUCUAUGGAUACCUACCACCACCUUUAAGCACUCCAUUACCAAGCAACAGCAACAGUAGAAAUAGCAAUGGAUGUUCUAGAAAAAACUCCACUGCAUCAAAUGCUGAUGCACCAUGUAAUAGGACACACUCAAGGAACUCUUCCCUAGACCUGAGGACUGUGGGCAGGAUACCUUCGCAAGACCAAUUGAGUCGAUGUGGUCGUGGACAUUCCAGAGCCGCUUCUUUAGGCAAUGCAGACUGUUAUAAAGGGAUACGCCCGCCGGAACUAAACGCGUGGUCAGACAGCAUGAAAGUUCAAAUUAUAAAGGCACACCACAAUUGGAUCGCGGUUGCAUACACACACUUCGUAACUGGAUACAGAUUGACAGAUUCAUGCGGAUGGUACGUCGUAUUCCAAUCGCCCGUCCAAGACUCCGUGAUAGAGAGGAUAGCGUUGAACGCCAAGACGGGCGGCGGCGCGACGGCCAGCGGCACGAACACUACGGGGACUGAUGUCAUGUUGGGCAUAGCGAGCGGGCCGCUGGUUCGGUUGUGGGCGUUCUCUACGCAUAGCGAGCCUGUUCGGAGGACAUUAGUUGGCACGUUCAACUUGGGUGUUCGGGUGGAGCACCUGCUAUUCGUCGGCCCACAACUGGUGGCCCUGAGCGGAGCGGGCGCCCGGAGCAAGGCGGGCGUGUGGCACACCAGCACGCAGCACUGGCAGACGCAGGACGUGGCGCAUCUCAGCACACACGACACCGCCGGCUCGUUCCUGCUGCUGGGGACCAACACGGGCGCCAUCAACUACAUAGAUAUGCAAAAAUUCCCGCUGCGAAUGAAGGACAAUGAUCUACUUGUCACUCAGUUGUAUAAGGACCCCAAUCAAGAACCUAUCACAGCCAUAUCAGUGUACCUCACCCCUAAAACCAAUCUGUGCGGCAACUGGAUAGAGAUAGCAUAUGGUACUCGGUAUGGCUCAGUUCGGGUCAUAGUACAGCAUCCAGAAACCGUGGGCCACGGCCCGCAACUCUUCCAGACCUUCACCGUCCACCAGAGCACUGUCACCAAGGUUUCUCUAUCAGAAAACUACCUAAUAUCGGUAUGCAGCGAGUACAACCACGUCCGCUCCUGGCGAGUCACUCGCUUCCGAGGAAUGAUCUCCACCCAACCGGGAACCACGCCCAAGGCCGCCUUCAAAGUGCUCGCGCUGGAGGCCCCCACGGCCCAGCCACACAACGACUGCGGACCAUACGGCGAGCAGGACGAGGAACAGAUUUUCAUUCAGAAAGUUGUGCCGGACACGGACACGCUAUACGUCCGCUUAGCGUCAAAUGGAAGAAGGGUGUGCACCAUCCGGUCCGUGGACGGGUCGGGCGUGUCGUGCUUCGCGGUGGCGGAGUGCGAGGGCGCGCUGCGGCCGCGGCGCCUGCUGCUGUGCGGCCACCGCUCCGGCGCCGCGCAGAUGUGGGACCUCAGCGCCGCCAUCGACAAGGCGGCCAGGCCGGCGCUCUCCGUCGGCGGCGGUAGCGCGGAAGGCGACGACUCCCCGAUCCCGGACGGCGGGCCGACGGCCGACGAGCUGGUGCGGCUGCUGGCCGCGUGCGACCUGGACGCCGCGCCGGCGCCGCCGCUGCUGCCGCCCUCGCCCAACCGCCCCGCGCCGUGAGCCUGCUGCCCGCACUCGCCAGGCUUGGGGACUUCCUGCUGCCGACUUAGAAUCAAUAAGGACCAAAAGUACGCCGACCAAGGAUAUUUUACCGGAACUGAAUCACAAGCUCACCAAAAUACUACUGAAAACACCUAGACACCAGCUACGUAAAAUAGUAGGAUUUAUUACAGGACAUAACACAUUUACAAACAUCUACACAAUAUGGGAUUUAAAAAGCUUACUUUACUCUCUGACAAUCCACCGCUAUUUCAAUUCUCUUUGAUAGAACUAAAGCGUCUGUCAAUCUAUUCAGCAGGAAAAUUUCUACACGACCUCCAACAAUAUACUUCCGUCAUUCUUAAUGAUAAUAGCGUAGUAAUAACUAAAGGUAGCAAAGACAGAAUAGUAUAAAUUAUUCUAGAAGAGCCGUGUUUUUAUUGUACAGACAUCAAGAUGAACCGUGAAUAAAAAAGUCCUUUAAGCUUCUUCUGGCUUGUGCUCACAAACAUACCGGUAUAGUCCGUUCCUUGCAGCCCCGUAUUUUAGGAAGCCGUCGGAAAGUUUUCAAAAUUUCGGAAUUUCCACAUAGAACAUUUUCGGAAACUUAUAUUUUUGAAUGGUAAUCGAAAUUUUCAAUUUCGAAAAUAAAGGUUUCCUUGUGAUGUCUGUGAAUUUUUCCUGAAAUUUCAGAGAACUUUUCCAACUUUUUGGAAACUUUCCGCAACAGCACAUCCGAUCUGUAGACAGAACACACCACGAUACAAUCUAAUAUCAAAAAAUAAGCAUUGAACUAUUUUUACUACUUAUAGAACCGGAACAGAGUACCAGUAUUUAACGCCAUGAGUUGUUGUCGGCCGACAACAAACUAUGAAAGCGGAGCGUGAAUCUCGCGACCUAAACGCGUAAGCGCCAUGAAUUUCACGGCGUACAUUGCGACAAUUUCAUUGUUUGUUAUGGCGUUUCUAUAUGAAGUAAUAAUCACUCAAUGAGAAUAAAUUAAGUUUUUGCGGAUUUGGGUGAUUUAAUUGUAACUUAUCCAUGUGUCAUUUUUGUGUAUCUUAGUAUCUUCAAUGCCAGAUUGAAUCAAUUCGUAAAUAAUAUUAAGUGCGUAAAAUAAUAGCUAGGUUUCGCUCUCGGAAAUCAUUCCUUUUUAAACCAAAUCCAAGAACCUUUUAUUUUAAAUGGGUUUUAGUAUUUGUAACUUAGUGUAGGAAUUGUAAUUGUGACUUAAUAGACACAAAUUUAAAUUAUCGAGCGUAUAUCCUUUUACAACACAAGCCUUAUUGAACUUACUGCUGGACUUGGUCAAUUUGUGUAAUAAUGUCCUAUAAUAUUUAUUUAUUUUAGCUUCUUUUUUAUAUUCGGUCAAUGUGGCUUUUAAUAAAUGUACAAUUCGCAACAUUAGAGUUGAUCGUGCUACGCUGCUUAAUAAGACAUAAGUAAUUGAUGGUAGGGUAUCAAAGCAGGUCAACUGCUUACAGGCUGUUUGUUAACAUAAUUGAAUUUGAUAGUGUAUGUAUAAUACAUUUUGAAGCAUUAAAGUAAGAUAAGACGAGUAAAUAAUAACGGUUGAAAAUUUCCAAAAACAAAUAGAAUGUUGCGUCCCUUCGAAAUAAGUAGUUAAAAUAAGUGACUUGCCUUCAGCAGACUGAGUCCUAAACAAGCACUUUCUAACGCCAUCUAAUGGUACACCCUCUGUACAGAUCACUUAACUUACUAUUUGAUAGACUCAGCAGCGCUCUCAUUGGCGUUCCCAUACACAGAGGCGGCGUUAGGCGUGGGUGACGUGGGCCACCGCCUACGGCCUCGCGGUCCGAUGGGCCUCGCGCCUCAAAUAAGUAACUAUAGCUCGAACAAAACGUAAAAAUGUUCGUUAUUUCUCGCGCUACCAGAGGGCCUCGCUAAAUGUACUUUGCCCACAUAAAAUUUUGGUCUUGCCCCGCCACUGCCCAUACAUACAAAUUUUAGAACAAGCAGUACUAAUACGUUUACUGCAUGUGUGUGUCUCUCAUAUAAAUUUACAAAUAACAACAUGGCAUUGUUGUAGUUUAAUAUGUAUAGUACAUUUAUGUGUGGUGACUGUGAAUCGCGAAUAUCGCGAUCCCAUUAUUGUCAGUGUGCUCACCACAAAGAGUUAUUGAUUGCUGAAGGGAUGUAAUGCCUAAGGAAAAAAUCUUUUACAUUCGAACUUGAUGGCGCUGCAGUUUUGUGGUCACUGAAUUGCCAAACGUCAACUUUUGACAAUCAGUCAUUACCGUCUUCAUAUUAUAAUCUUAAUCUACAUCGGUUAUUAAUGGGGUCGGUAGGUACCUUUACCAUAGGUUUCCCCGGUUUCUAUACCAUUUGGUAUAAAGAGCCAGCGACCAGACCACAAAAUAAAAAAUACCAAGAAUUUGACUGUUGGUAGGAACAGAAUAAAGGAAGAACGAAAAUGGGCUCGAAAAAUAAGAAGAGGUUUAAAAACAGUGAGAUUCCCUCGUGGAGCGGGCCCGCUGGAUUUUCUAUAAUCUUCUUGUCUUCUUUCUCACAAAUUAAGUAUGUUACUGUCCUGAAACAUUUGAACUUUAAAAUAAAUUAACGCGAAGGGAUCAAAAGAGAUUAACGUUAUAUCGGCCAUGAUAGUAAUUGUCCAAGUUUUUAUCUCAAAUUACUGAGUUUUGUUCGAAUGACAGAUGUAUCCGGUAGAAUGGAAGAACGUAAAUUCCACGUACAAUGUUGCUAGAUGAAAUAAUAUAUUCCUAAACGUACUAAACUGUAGGAUUAACAGAGAACCAAUCUUUAAAAAACUUCGACCGGCCAACCUGAAUAAAGCACGAAUUUUUCUUACACUUUACACCUCUUCCACUGUAAAAAUUAACGCUGAGUUCCACUAAAUAUGGCGUAAAACAAUUAGUUAAGGCUACUUCAACUACGUCACGGUAAACUUUUUUGUUUUGGAGGAACGCAGCGAUAAGUACAAUCAAAAGAUUUAAUUUGUGACCCAUUUCGUACCUUGCACAGUGACAAACAACAUGAAAGCAGCUAAAGAGACCUCAUACUAUUGUCACUGUCACAAGGUACGAAAUGGGUCACUAAUUAAAUCUUUUGACUGUACCUAUGAAGAUUAAGUCUGGUAUUUACUCGUUUUGGUAUACUCGUACAUAUGUAUGAGAAAGCAGGCUUGAAUAGAUUGAAACGAUGACAGAUACUUGGUGUCAUCUAGAAAGCAUGUAAAGACUGAUUUCAUUUAUAAGCUCAAUCAUACAAAAUCAAAAUUUAAAAGAGAAAAAUAUAUAAGAAUAUAAUUUUUGAACAUUUGUGUUUUAAAUAUUGUAAAUAUGUUAAAGUUGGGAGAGUAGUGUGACAAAAGUUUAUGAUUAAUAGUUAUUUACGAUACAAGUGCGAAAAAUAGGAAAUUAGUAACGAGUGGCGAUAAAUUAAAACACGACCGAAGGGAGUGUUUUAAAUCGACACGAGUUGCGAAUUACCUAUUCGCACGUGUAUAGUACGUUUUUCAGUACAUAUGGCUCUUUAAAGUUUCGACAUAAGCACGGAAAGUGCUCAUUCCCGUACGCGUAAGUAGAACCAUAUGUACUGUAAAAUAAUAUUAUAUGAUUGUUUUAAUAUUUGUUGUUAUAAUGACUAUUUUAGUAUAGAAUCAUGUGUUGUAUAACUGUGUUAGGGAACAACAUUUUAAAUCAAUAGGUUAUUUGGGGGGCAGUACCAGUACCAAAUGCUGAGUGUUGCUAUAACUUACACAAAAACAAUAAUUAUAUAUUUGUUGAGCGUAAUACUUAAGACUUUUUUGUCUCGAAACUUAAUGGAAGUGAAAAUUAUAAAUGAACAUCACUUUUUCGACAUAUAGUAGGAAUCUGAAUAAAAUGUAUGCAUCACUCAGCAGGGGGCGCUACUGUAAACAUCGCAAAUUCAAAAUAGGCCAUCAAUGGGAAAGGCCGGUAAAAACUAAACGUAGAUGGAGCCCUCGUCUGUCAAGGUAAUUAACCUUUUGAAGAAGGAAUAUGCCGUGCCCCCGAAGCCAGGCGAUCGCGAUUAUUUAAGCGAAAUUGGACUUUACGGAGUCUCGCGUAAGUCCCUAUUGCCUUGGCGAAGCUGUGGGCUGUAGCCUGGCGUCCUUGGCAAGACUUUCCGAUGACGGCCACAGCCGACUGUAGCGGUCAAAAGGUUAAAUAUCGACACGAACAAAGUGCCAAAAAUAUGUACACACUAUUUAUUGUAUGGGUAAUAAGGUCGGGUAUACUACACCGUAUACAUAUUGUUGGCACUUUGUCCAUGCCGAGAUUUAAUACAUUGACUGUACAUUGUUUAAAUGGAAUUGACAACCGGUCUAAGCCAGUUGUAGUUGCCGCUUUCGACGAUGGUGCAUUUUUGUAUGGAAUUCGUCAAUGCCAUACACAAUCAAAUUGAUAGUUUAUUUGCCUAUAGAAUGUCGCGUCAGACCCUCCGUAAUUCCAUUGAAUCGCAGGUGCCAAUACCGGCAGUUUUAUCUCUUUAAUUAUUUUGUCUGACAUUCUAAUAAUUUAAUUGUAUUUUCGUGGUAGCUCUAGGUGUUUUAGGACACAGACUGAACGCAUGGUCAGCUGCGCGGCGAGCGGCAAAUCAAGGCUAUUUAUACAUUGCGCUCGACCAAAAUGUAUUGAACGGCCUGAAUUUGCCGCUCGCCGCGUCGCGUGCGUCCGGUCCGCGGCCUUAAGGCUUCUUUUAAUACAAGUGUAAACAAGGUUAUUAUGUGUAUAAAAUCAAAUAAAUUAAUUGUUUAUA